AGACUUCUCAUCCUCCCCUCCGUGCGUUUAGUCCAUUCAGCAGAAGUGGAUCGAAGAAAGCGGCUCCUCGCUCCGCAUUAGGGGCAGCUCUCUGCUGCGCGCUGGUACUUAGCGCCCCAUUCACUCACUUACUCUGCGCUAGCCUCGCUCGGCUGUUGUCCCAGCCGCCGCCACCGCCACCGCCACCGGAGAAAAAGUUUUGCAGAGGGGCUCAGGGAAAAAAUGAGCGAGUUGGAGGAAGACUUUGCCAAGAUACUCAUGCUCAAGGAGGAGAGGAUCAAAGAGCUGGAGAAGCGGCUGUCAGAGAAGGAGGAGGAAAUCCAGGAGCUGAAGAGGAAGCUUCACAAAUGCCAGUCGGUGCUGCCAGUGCCCUCGACGCACAUCGGCCCCCGCACCACCCGGGCGCAGGGCAUCUCUGCUGAGCCGCAGACGUACAGGUCCUUCCACGACCUUCGACAGGCAUUCCGGAAGUUCACCAAAUCCGAAAGGUCCAAGGAUCUCAUUAAGGAAGCCAUCCUUGACAAUGACUUUAUGAAGAACUUGGAGCUGUCACAGAUUCAGGAGAUUGUGGAUUGUAUGUACCCAGUGGAGUAUGGAAAAGACAGUUGCAUCAUCAAAGAAGGAGAUGUGGGGUCACUGGUGUAUGUCAUGGAAGAUGGCAAGGUUGAAGUCACAAAAGAAGGUGUGAAGCUGUGCACCAUGGGUCCGGGGAAAGUGUUCGGGGAGUUGGCUAUUCUCUACAAUUGUACUCGGACAGCGACCGUCAAGACUCUUGUAAAUGUGAAGCUCUGGGCUAUUGAUCGACAAUGUUUUCAAACAAUAAUGAUGAGGACAGGACUCAUCAAGCAUACCGAGUAUAUGGAAUUUUUAAAAAGCGUUCCAACAUUCCAGAGCCUUCCUGAGGAGAUCCUCAGUAAGCUUGCGGACGUCCUUGAAGAGACCCACUAUGAAAAUGGGGAAUAUAUCAUCAGACAAGGUGCAAGAGGGGACACGUUCUUUAUCAUCAGCAAAGGAAAGGUAAAUGUCACUCGUGAAGACUCACCAAGUGAAGACCCAAUCUUUCUUAGAACUUUAGGAAAAGGAGAUUGGUUUGGAGAGAAAGCCUUGCAGGGGGAAGAUGUAAGAACGGCAAACGUAAUUGCUGCAGAAGCUGUCACCUGCCUUGUGAUUGACAGAGACUCUUUCAAGCAUUUGAUUGGAGGAUUGGAUGAUGUUUCUAAUAAAGCAUAUGAGGAUGCAGAAGCUAAAGCAAAAUAUGAAGCUGAAGCUGCUUUCUUCGCCAACCUGAAGCUGUCUGAUUUCAACAUCAUUGACACCCUCGGAGUUGGAGGUUUCGGACGAGUGGAACUGGUCCAGUUGAAAAGUGAAGAAUCCAAAACCUUUGCAAUGAAGAUUCUCAAGAAACGCCACAUUGUGGAUACGAGACAGCAAGAGCAUAUCCGCUCGGAGAAGCAGAUCAUGCAGGGAGCUCAUUCUGACUUCAUAGUGAGACUAUACAGAACAUUUAAGGACAGCAAAUAUUUGUAUAUGUUGAUGGAAGCUUGCCUAGGUGGAGAGCUCUGGACCAUUCUCAGGGAUAGAGGUUCAUUUGAAGAUUCUACAACCAGAUUUUACACAGCAUGUGUGGUGGAAGCUUUUGCCUAUCUGCAUUCCAAAGGCAUCAUUUACAGAGACCUCAAACCAGAAAAUCUCAUCCUGGAUCACCGAGGUUACGCCAAACUGGUUGAUUUUGGCUUUGCAAAGAAAAUAGGAUUUGGAAAGAAAACAUGGACUUUUUGUGGGACUCCAGAGUAUGUAGCCCCGGAGAUCAUCCUGAACAAAGGCCAUGACAUUUCAGCCGACUAUUGGUCACUGGGAAUCCUAAUGUAUGAACUUCUGACUGGCAGCCCACCUUUCUCAGGCCCAGAUCCUAUGAAAACCUAUAACAUCAUAUUGAGGGGCAUUGACAUGAUAGAAUUUCCAAAGAAGAUUGUCAAAAAUGCUGCUAAUUUAAUUAAAAAACUAUGCAGGGACAAUCCAUCAGAAAGAUUGGGGAAUUUGAAAAAUGGAGUAAAAGACAUUCAAAAGCACAAAUGGUUUGAGGGCUUUAAUUGGGAAGGCUUAAGAAAAGGCACCUUGACACCUCCUAUAAUACCAAGUGUUGCAUCACCCACAGACACAAGCAAUUUUGACAGUUUCCCUGAGGACAAUGAUGAACCACCACCUGAUGACAACUCAGGAUGGGACAUAGACUUCUAACAUAUUUCUCUUACCUGCUUCUGCCUUGCUGAAGACAGCUUUUUUCUGAGACACAGCUGCCAGCAGACCUGAAGGAAAGAGAGAAGAUUUAGUGCUCGGGGUCACCAUGAUGCCUUUGAUUGAUGCUGCUCCAGUAACUACAGUGGCAUUAGGACUUAUCGUUUAGAUGACAAUAGCGCUCUUUACACGUUUUCUGUUUGAACCUAAAAAUAGCAGUUGACAUGGUGGUCCUGAAGCAAAGCCUUUCACCAGUAAAGAGAUGUUUUCUAUUGUUGCAAUUAUCUUGCUUUGCUCUGAUUAUCAUUUGAAAGACUGUAAGAAACACUUCGAUCUAGUAAAAGAGUCUGUACCUUACUAGAAUUAUCGAGAUCAAAAAAUAAUAUAUUGGGUACGAUAGAUUUCUAUGUUACAAAAACUGGGCUCUCCUCUUUCUUCAAGGGAGGGUCAUGGGAUCUAUUACCGCAGGCCGGUGUAUAUACCAUACAAAAGAGGACCACACAUCUGUUGGUCACAGUUCAUGUCAAACCAGUGGUAGCAGUUUCAUGAUUUUAUUUCCCAGCAGAGUUGAUGACAAGACUGAAUGUUACCUUUCCUUUCUGACAUUUAAAAAUUGAUAUGUUAAAAGCACAACUGCUAUAGAUUCUGCUGAGAACUCUCAUAGCAGGUAUAUAUGCGUUUUCACAGAGGAUUGAAAAAACUACAUGCAUGAUAUUUGUUUCUUUCUGACAAAUUGGCAUGAGAGUGGAAAAAAGCAAUUCACAAUCAUUUCAUAUUUUUUAAAAUAUUGUGCUUCAAGAUGGUCCUGGAAAUAAGUGACUAGCAGCCAAUUGGUUUUUAUUUAUUACCUAACACGCCCUCAAACUGAGGCUUAAAAUAUUCCAUUUUAUAAAAAUAAACCCUUGGGGUCAGGGUGGGGUGGGGUGGAGAGGGAUUAAGAUUCAUCCAAAAAUAAAAAUAAAAAACUAUAUAGGUGCUAUGUAUAUCUUUCAUCUGUAAAUGUCAGUGUCUAAAUAGACAACACAAAUUCUAAUCAUUACAUGUGUAGCCAGAGACUCGAGCAUUUUCACUAAAUUUAUCAAACCAAACUCCUGUCAGAUUUCACUUAUACAACAUAGUCUAAGGUUGAGAAAGAAAAGUGAUUAAAAACCUGUUUGAACUAGCUUCUUGUCUUAGGCCUGAACCAAAAAACAAACAAACAAACAAAACCAAGUAAAUAAAUAAAUAAAAAGAAUGAAAGAAAAAGCACAAAACCAUUGAGAUUUGCAGAUUCACUAGAUGAGAAACCUUAUUUAUGUGAGGUUGGGGGACAAGACGAGAACUUGGCCAAGUAUUGAUUACCUUUUCAUGAAUUAGCUGAUAUGAGUUUAUGUGCAUGUGAAAGUAGGAAGGAAGUAGAGAGGAAAACAAGAAUCAGAUUUCUUAAAAAUAAAUUUUAGUUAAACAAAAAUAUUGCAAUCCUGAAAUAUCAUACUACCUAGAAAAGACUAGAUUUGAAAAUAACAAAUUUAUUUGCUUUUUUCGCAUAGGGAAAAGAAUCAGCAAUUUAAACUGUGUCUGUUGUUGGCAGACCAGUUGACUAUUGUUAGCUGUCAUAAGCAAUAGAACAAUUAGGAAGCUUUUCUUGGACAAAUAGCACCUAUACCUACUUAGACAAAUACAUAACCCUAUGAGCUGUCAUCCUGAUUUAGAACUGUGUGUGAAUUUGGUACAUUAAAUAGAGGUUUGCAUUUUUCCAGGAGAGUUUUUUAAAGUCAAACCAAUGUAGAACUUUCUGCAAAAAAUAUGUCCACCUAGAUCAUUAUACUGUAUCCAAGAAGGCAUAUAUUAUUUUGUUUGAUUUUUCAUACUAAGACUACUUUAGAAUAUAUCUUAUUAAAAUAUAAUAAUCUAAGAAAUAUCUGGAAAAUGAAAGUACUAAGGUCAUAAUAUAUAGUUAGAAUAAAAUAAAAUUAAAAUUUUGAUUCUAAGAUGUUAGUAUUACUCUUGUAUUAUUGGAGUUUUCCCUCCCUUACAAAGAAUUCUCAAAAUCAAUCUCUUCUCUAAGAUAUCCAAUCCUCCUACAGAUUUUAGAAUAUAAAAUUAAAACAUAUAGGCCUAAAAUCCAGCUCUGAAUGCUAUUUCAGAAGUUUGAUAUUGCUUUUGAUUGGGCUUUUAAAAAUAUAUAAUUUCAACAUUAUAGUCAAUGUUCUGUAAAUUUUGUUAAAAGAUAGAGUAGUUUAGGAAUCAUCAAUUUUGCUAUAAUAUUAAACUUACCUAGUCAUUAAGUAAGAGAAUCUGCUUCUGAACUUUUCAAAUAUCCCAGUCACCCCAGAAAUUAGCACUUACUAUGGAUUUUGGAACUGUGGUUCAAGUCUAAGACAACCAGUAUGUACAAGUUCUGUGGAGAAGGAAGAAGUAGCAUUCAGCACAGUGUAUCUGUAGGUCGUUUCGUCCACUUGUUAUUGCAUCUUUGUUAAUUUCAUCUGUGGCACUGUGUUAGGAUGUCUAAAUCACCAAAAACUAAAGAUGAACUACAUUUUCCAAGAAUUACUUACAGAGAACAUUUAUUUAAUUUUCAACAUUGAAUUUUAAAGAUUUAAAUCUUGUCUUAAUGAGGACACUAGGGCUAAUAUUCACGAUCAGCUUCAUAAAGUGCAUCUUACUUUACUUCUGAAUUUUUUAUGCCCCCUCUAUUUUCUUACACUAAAGAUCAUCUGGAUAAGUUAGAAGAGUGCCAACCUGUUUGAUUUGUUAACUGAUUUUCUUGUUAAUACUUUGAGUAUGGGAAUUAAGGGCUUUCUGUGUGUCUUAACUCACAGGAAAACUGAAAACUGCCAAGGAAAGGAACAUCAUAAUAUAAAAUAGAUUGAAUACAUUAGAAAAAAUGAUUUCUGGAAAAUUGAUAUGACUUUUACGUUUGUAUCUUUUUUCAUAUUAAUAAAUGGAUCAGAUCCAUGUGGCAUUUAAAACAUUUACUUUGAUUACAUUAUUUACAAAUAAUUUUUACUUAAAAUUAUGGAAUAUGCAUGUGAUCUACACAUGUAUAAUAUAUAAAUUCAACUGUUGCAUUUUUCUGGUUUCAUUUUUGACAUGACUGAACUGAUGGUAAACUUAAAUUGAAAGUAGUCAGCUACCAUAUUGAAAAUAAGGAUUUUAGAACUGAUUUUAUACAUUAGAUGUGAUCUGUGCAUUAUCCAUAACAAUGUUUUCUUUCACAGUAGGACCACAGACAAAUAUUUAUGUAAAUAGAUAUUUUUGUGUGAUAUUUUGUGGUACAUAUAACUUUUUUUAGUGUUCACAGCAUUAUUAUUUUAUUUUAUUUGUAUUGAAUAAUGUUUUUAGGUCCAAGUAGACUUGAAUUAAUGUCAUAAUUGUCAGUAUUAUUGAAAAUUAUGUCUGUACUGUUAUUCAUCUAUCCCAUAGUUUAGAACAUGACCUGGCUAUCUGGCAUUGUUGCAAGUGCCUUAAAUUCAUGGCAUCCUAUUAAAAAAGACAAAUUUGGUGUUAUGCUGCAUGACAAAGACAAACACACCUCAAAAUGUUGUCCUUUCUUAGCUUGCUGCGUUUUACAGUUCUUUCUGCUAACAAUUUAUAAGCCUUUAUUAUAUAAUAUUGAUGAAUUACAGAAAUGAUGAAGUUGUUCUCUUAUUUCUGUUAAAUGUACCAGAGCUGUGUAUCUGUUAAUGAGAUACAGCGUCAUUUCUGUGAAAUGUAUAAAUGUAUGUGCAGGUCAAAUUAAUAUAUGACAUAUUAUCAGUCUGUAUACAGGUAUACCUGUUUCGCUAAGCUGUGCAGAUUCAGUUAAAAAAUUAGUACAGUCAAGUUCUAAUAUAUCUCAUUUUAUAGACUCCAUUAAAAAUGAUCCAACUCAAAAGAAAAAUUGGAUAAUUACAGCUAAUCACACCUCGCUGUGAAACAAAUGAUUAAAAUGUACCUUGGUGCACCACUCAACAAAACAGGAUGCUUUCUGAGUUCUUGUAUAUGCAAAUCAUUUCUGAGGCAAGUUUUCAACAGACCUAGAAAGCUAAACAUUGAAAAUGUGUUGUUAGCCCUCCUCUUUAUCUGACCCUGAAUCAAUAGUCAGAGCUCUAGGACCUUAACAAUGACUCGAAGGUUCAGGCUUUCCGAGAAAAGGGACAUUUCUUUAAGCGUCAUCUAUCAAAUUUAUUUCAAUGUAUGAUGUUUUUACAACUAGUCAGUUCUUUUGUACUAUUACAGCUAUCGUUAUUUGAUUGUCCUCUUACAAUUUGUUCUACAUGAAAGAGUUCUUUGUUAGUCAGAAUGCAACAACUGUCAUCAAAUGGUCAUUGACUACUUGCACUCUUUUGAUGUAGAUUAAAAACUUUUUCAUAAAUUUAACCUGCUUUGAUUUGCUCUGUAUUUUUCCUGCAGCUGUAAUUGCCGAGUGCCUGUUGUAUACUUUAUAGAGUUGAAAUAAAAAAAAAUAAUUACUUUUGAA